AUGGCCCCCUUACCCAAAUCAAGAUUACAGUCUUCACUAAGGGCAUUUGAAAAAGUUGGUGUUGAUUAUGGAGGUCCAUUCUUGAUGAAACAAGGAUGUGGUAGCACGAGAGCCAAGCGUUACCUGUGUCUUCUCACUUGCCUUACAACCCGAGCUGUUCAUUUGGAAAUGUCCUACUCAUUAGACACUGACUCGUUUGUUAUCGCAUUUACUUGGAUGACAUCAAGGAGGGGGACACCGACCUACAUUAUCUCUGACAAUGGAACCAACUUCGUUGGAGCAGAGCGUGAACUGUGGGAGUUGGUGGAGUCCCUUGAUGCAGACAGAAUUAUGCAAGAAACCAGCAAAUAUCACCCCACUGACUGGAAGUUUAACCCUCCAUCUGCUGCCUAUUUUGGUGCUGUAUUUGAGGCAUUGAUCAAAAGUGCAAAGAAAGCAAUCAAAGCCAUCCUUGGAGAUGCAGAUGUUACCAACAAAGAGCUUCACACAGCUAUCUGUGGCGCAGAAUGA